AGCAGCGGGAGACGCGUCUGGCUCUGCCUGUCUGUGCCCACUGCUGGCGACUGGAGUCACCCCACCUUGUUCUGGGGCUGGGGACCAGGCUCCUGUCUCUGUCGACUGCAAGAGAGUUCCCAAAAUCAACCCCAGAUACUUCUGUGAGACAGAAGCACGGGGUCAAACAUGGACUUUACUGGAAAAGGAAACACCACUGAAGGAAAAGACCUCACUGGCUACCCUCUUGCCAAGAGGUUUUCCCUGGCAAAUCCCUCUGUGCUCCUUCCCUCCAAGCCUUUGCCUCCCAUCAGGAAGAGCUUUCCUACUGCCGGACCAAGCAAGAUCUGCAGUGGAGAGCAGGACAGUGGGAAAAAUGGCACUGGCUAUGAUGAUAACAGCAGAAAAGAACAGGAGCUGGAUUCAGAGGGAAAACGACAUGAGGCUUCCUUGCAGUAUGCCACACAAGGGGAUAUGAAGAAGGGGUCAAUGGGACUCCCUCUGAUCCCCCCCAUACGCAAGGCAGUCAGUCCCGUUGUUGGCAGUGCUGCAGGGUCUCUACACAGCUCUCUGCAGCUGGAUGUCCAAGAGUCCCAGGAGAUGAGGCCAGGAUCCAGCAGCAGAAGCAAAGAGAAGGACUCUGAACAUGCAGACCUCACUGGCUACCCUCUUGCCAAGAGGUUUUCCCUGGCAAAUCCCUCUGUGCUCCUUCCCUCCAAGCCUUUGCCUCCCAUCAGGAAGAGCUUUCCUACUGCCGGACCAAGCAAGAUCUGCAGUGGAGAGCAGGACAGUGGGAAAAAUGGCACUGGCUAUGAUGAUAACAGCAGAAAAGAACAGGAGCUGGAUUCAGAGGGAAAACGACAUGAGGCUUCCUUGCAGUAUGCCACACAAGGGGAUAUGAAGAAGGGGUCAAUGGGACUCCCUCUGAUCCCCCCCAUACGCAAGGCAGUCAGUCCCGUUGUUGGCAGUGCUGCAGGGUCUCUGCACAGCUCUCUGCAGCUGGAUGUCCAAGAGUCCCAGGAGAUGAGGCCAGGAUCCAGCAGCAGAAGCAAAGAGAAGGACUCUGAACAUGCAGGCCUGACGAGGUUCAUAUUUUCCAAGUUGGUGCGGCCACCUCCCUGCAUGCUCCUUCCAUCUAAACCGUUGCCUCCCAUCCAGAAGAGCUCUCCUGCUUCUAACACAAUUAAAAUCUUCAGUGUAGAGCAAGAGAAUGGGAAAAAUGACACUGGUGAUGAUGGCAGAAGAAACAAGCAGGAGCUGUGUUCAGAAGGAAAAAUUUGUAAGGCUUCCUUGCAGUAUGCCACACAAGGGGAUAUGAAGAAGGGGUCAAUGGGACUCCCUCUGAUCCCCCCCAUACGCAAGGCAGUCAGUCCCGUUGUUGGCAGUGCUGCAGGGUCUCUGCACAGCUCUCUGCAGCUGGAUGUCCAAGAGUCCCAGGAGAUGAGGCCAGGAUCCAGCAGCAGAAGCAAAGAGAAGGACUCUGAACAUGCAGCUUCUUCUGAGUCGACAGCACAAACCGAGAGGAUGGACGGAAAGAGCUCAGGGAGUGUGAUACGACCUGGGAUGCCUCUGUUCCCAAGGAAACUGGCUGAAUUGUUCAGUCUGGAGCCUGAUAUGCGGAACCCCGGCGUUGGGAAUGGAGGUCUGGGCUCCCGGCCGGCUCAGGGGGCCUUGGCCCAGGAGCCCCGGCAGAGGCAGCUGAGCAGCGCUGCCCCCAGGGUCACUGCCAGGGAGGAGGACAAGGGGAAGGGCCAGCAGGGCUCAGCCUCACACAGAGUAGCAGGCCUCCCAGUGAGCCAGGCCAAAGAGAUGGAUCAUCCCAACAGUCCUGGCCUUAUGAGUGACAAAAACCUGAGGGAUGGCUUUGGAAAGAUCCGUGCUGCAUUGUGCCAGUUGGCUGAGAAGAACUUAGAGCCGAAGGAUGCAGAGCUUUUUGAGAAGGAGAUGCAGAAAAGGAGACAAAACACAACAUCCUUGCAGCUGCCUCCACACACAGUUGAGCCCAGGGAUGCAGCUGAAGCAAGCUUUUGCCUCCCAUCUGUCAAUGGCACAGCUUCCAGCGCACAGACAAAACACCCUGGCAGUGCCUUGAAGAAGGUCUUGAGGAAGCAGGACAAGCUGCCCUUACUGCCCAGUGUGCCCAUCACCCAUGAGGAAGGCAUUGUCCCAUGCAGCUCCUCAGUGACCUCGCAGACGGCCCCUGGUGCCCAGCGCCGAGAGGAGCUGCUCCGUGGGCACGGGCACAAGGACACAGCCUCUCCUGAGCCACAGCAGUCCUUGCUCCAGGCACUCUCCUUGCUGGGCAGCCACGACUGGGAGAUGAAGGAGAAGGGACUCUUCAGCAUCAAACACCUGGCUGGCUCCCAUUCACAAGUCCUGCUCUCAAGACGUCAUGACAUUUGCUUGGCACUUACCAGUGAGGUGACCAGCCUCCACACAAAGGUGUCCUACGCGGCCAUUGUCACUCUGGGAGAGCUUUUUGCCACCUUGAAGAAGGACAUGGACCCUGAGGUGGAUGAGGUGGCUCGGGUCCUUCUCCGCAUGGUGUGGAACUCCCCAGAGUUUGUUCAGAAAGCAGCCAGUCAGACCCUGGGGAUCAUGGUGGAGAAUGUGACUCCUGCACGAGCAAUGACUGCUCUCCUGGACAGUGGAGUCCAGAGCCGCCACGUCCAGGUGCGGAAGUGUGCGGCCGAGCUGCUGCUGUCCUUGCUGGAGAAAAUUGGAGUCACGGAGCUCGCAGGCACAGCCAGGGCUGGGAGGCUGGCGCACGCGGCAGGGACACUUGCUCAGGACUGUCACAAGGACACAAGGCAUUAUGGACAGGAGAUGGUGAAGAUGUUGAUGAAUCAUCAAAAAUGUAAAAGGCUUUUGGAGCAAUCUGUUUCCACCUGUGACCUGGAAGAUAUUCUGACAAGAAUUAAGAAGAAAGGGAAGGAAGAGCAGAAGGGUGAACGCCCCUCUGUCAAGAACCCUGUGAGGAAGAGGAGCAAUAUCUCAAAGAAGCCCCAGGCCACAUUGCCUUCUAGUCAACGGGUGAAGUCUACCUCUUAUGGACGCCUCCUGCAGCGUCCAAAAGCCCAGGUCAUGUUACCUCCAGCUGUGGAUGAAACAGAGCAGCUCCAGAAGCUUUCCAAUCUCCUGGAAGCCAAGGGGUGUGAGGCACGGAUGGAAGGAGUGGCACUCCUCCUAGACCUGUGCAAAAACAGCCCCCAGCUCAUCGCCACAAACAUUGUCCAAAUUUUUGAUUCUUUUGUCCUGAGAGUUGCUGAGAGCAACAAAAAAGUAAAGCAGAAGGCGCUGAAUGUGCUGGCAGAAAUCAUAGCCAUCCUGAAAGAUGCCAUGAACCCGGUGAUUGUCCUUUUGGUGGAAGGAAUAACAAAGAGCCUGAACUCAAAGGACCCCAGGGUUCAUGGUGCAGCUGUGAACGCUCUGGAAGAAUCCAUGGCUCACUUAGAUAAAACAUCACUGAUGAAAGAGUUCAGCUACCAGUGGAAUCAACUGGGUGGCCAAGCUCUUCUGGAUGUCACAGAGCGUAUCACAGAGCUUGUGGAAGAGGUUUAUGCCAGCAGCCCUGAAGUUGUCCAGCAGUGCGCCCUGCCCGUGCUCUGGGCCUGCCUGGAGAACAAGGCGCUGCCUGUCCGCAGCGCCAAUGUCCGCACGGUGGUCACCAGGCUCGCCUCAGCCCUCUACGAGGUGAUGGAUACCAAACUGAGGAAAUGUGCUGCCAGCCAGCCCCGACACGUGCAGGACAACCUCUCCAGCAUUUUGGGCUGGUGAAGGCUUCAUGUUCUCCAGCAGGCUCACAAACUGCUGAGAUGGACACCACCGGAGUUGACUUUCUAGCUGUGCCAGAAAAUACAAAAUACAAAGGAAGAGUGUGCAUCUGCCCCUGCUCUCUCCACUGCCCUUCCUUGUAAUGCCAUGGGGGGCCUGAAGCAACUGCAGAUUGAGGACAAGGGGAAGGGCCAGCGUGACUCAGCCUCACACAGAGACCUCACUGGCUGCCCUCCUGCCAAGAGGUUUUCUCUGGACAUUCCCAUGUGCAUUUACCCACAAAGUCCUUUCAUCUGGUCCAGAAGAGCUCUUUCCUCCAUGCUCAGGAAGAAGCUGCCACCUGCCAAAAUAGUGAUUGAAGAAUAGGAUUUAUGCAUUAGGCUUUAUAGUUGCAGAUGUGUAUAUGUUCUGAUAUUUAGCUGUAAGUUUGAAUAAAUUGGUUUUCACUUUGGUUAUCUUU